UUUUCUUUUUUGUAAGUUUCACGGAGGAUAACGCCGACCCCCAUAUCCCUUUCUUUCUCUUUCCUCUCUCUCAGUAGUCAAUCCCCAUUCUUUCUCUCUCUACUUUCUCUCUCUACAACUGAUGAACAUUUCUAUUGAUUUUGAUUUUUAGGGAUGUUAAUUCUCUAAUUAGCAUCAAAGUUAAUCAAACCCCGGAAAAAUUAGAUCCCCUUUUCUCCUUCCUUUCUCUCUCUGUCUCUGUUUAAUUCAACUUUCUGCGAAAAAAAAACAUUUCCCCCAAUUUCCCGCCUAAUUAUCUCUCCCUGCACUUGGUCUUCAAAUUCCCAGAAUCGAAGAACCCAUAUUCGCAUUCGCUCUACUAUUGGAAACUUCUGGUAAUAUUUGUGCUGAUUGAGUGAUUGUUCCUCUGUUGCUGCAUCUGCGGAUUUUUUUCCUUCUUUAUUUUGAGAUUUGGUAUGUUAGGGUUUGUUUAUUAGGGUUUCGAAUUGGAAGAUUGUUUGGUUUCCGGAUUCGGAAUUUCGGGUUGGGUUUGAUAGUUGAGAUGAUUAUCAAACGGAGCUUGAAAUCGACAAUGCCUACCCUAAAACGGUGUCGUGUUAUUCAACCGUCUAACACCGAGGAUGAAGAUAGCAACGAUAGAAAGAAGCGGAAAUCGAAGAGCUACACCAACACCAAUGGAAGCAAUAGUAGUAAUAGCAAUAACAAUAAUAAUGGUGGUGGGAAUUAUUUUCCGUUAAGUUUACUCGGGGAAGUUGCUGCUGGUGUCAUUCCUUGCAGUGGGUUUCAUCGGAUGUUCGCGGAAAACAAUAACAACAAUGCCGAUUUCCGGGGUUUUGCUGCGUCGUGGUGCAGCGAGGUUUCUUGCUCCCCUGCGGAGGAGGAGGAUGAUGAUGAUGAGGUUGAGGAGGACGAAGAGGGAGGAAGGAGGGGGAGUAUGAGUAAGGUGAAGACUCGUCAUGUUGCCGAGGUGGCGAAGGAGAGUCCAAGACCGCCAUUGGUAAGGACGUCCAGAGGCCGAGCUCAGGUACUUCCUUCUAGAUUUAAUGAUUCAAUUCUUGAUGAUUGGAAGAAGGAAAAGACUAGUAGUAAGACUAAUAAUGCUGCUAGUUUUAGAGAAAGUAAUGGCGAUUUUGAUUCUGAUAAUAACGAGGAUGAUGAUGAUGAUGAUUAUGUUAGUGUAAGGAAAAAUGAGAAAUUUGGGCUUAAAGCUCAGAAGGGAAAGGUUAGUGGGAGUAAAAUUAGGGGCAAUAUGCAUAAAUUUGAGGACGAAACUUAUGGAGUGUCGACCUCCAUGGAGGAGGGUGGGUAUGGUAAUGGUUUCUACGAUGAUGAAGAAGAAUAUGGGUGGAGAGAUGGGAGGUCGAAAAAUCAUGAGGUGAGGCGGUACUCGAGCUCUCGUAGUGCUCUAACAUCAAUGGGUGAUCGAGGGCAUUGGGUGGAGUAUGAUAAACCUUCUGUAGGUUUGCAUGGUAGUAGUGGGAGGUUGGUGGUGGAUCGUAGAAGAACAAAUGGUGUGAUGGGUAUGGAUGAAUUUGUACCAGGUGAUGUUGUAUGGGCAAAGUCAGGGAAGAACGACCCAGCUUGGCCAGCAAUAGUUAUUAAUCCUGCAACGCAAGCUCCUCGACAUGUUUUGGAAUACCGUGUUCCUAGAGCAGUUUGUGUGAUGUUUUUUGGGUACUCAGUGAACCGGAAGCAAAGGGACUAUGCUUGGGUAAAGCGUGAAAGGAUGUUUUCGUUUGCAGAUAAUGUGGACAGGUUCCAGGAACAGGCCUGCUUGAAUGGUUGUGAUCCCAGCAAUUUACGCAGGGCAUUAGAGGAGGCUUUUUUGGCUGAAAAUGGAUUUAUGGAAACAACACAGGAGAUAAAAAGGGCAGGUGGAAGUGCUUCUUGCAUUAAUUCCGUCUCUAGAAGGGCACACGAGGUCACUGGUUCAAAUCGGUACCAAGAAUCUUACAGUUACAGCCAGAAUGGCUUCAAGAAAGAAAGAGACACACCAUCUUGUGCAGGAUGUGGUGCUGGCCUCCCACUUAAGAUGAAGAAGGCAGGAAAGGCUUCAGGUUCUGAAGGUCACUUCUAUUGUACGGCUUGUGCAAAGUCACUAAGACUGAAACAAUACUGUGGUAUUUGCAAAAAGAUUGGAAAUUACUCAGACAGCGGGAAAUGGGUGAGAUGUGAUGGUUGUAAAGUUUGGGUUCAUGCAGAAUGUGACAGAAUUUCAAGCAACCUUUUCAAGGAUCUUGGGGCCACCGACUAUUACUGCCCUGAUUGCAAAGUGAAGUUCAACUUUGAAUUGUCAGAUUCAGAAAAUCAAAUUAGAGUCAAGUGUUAUAGUAAUAAUGAUCAGGUCAAGCUGCCGGAUAAGGUCAAUGUUGUUUGUUCAGGCAUGGAAGGCGUAUAUUUCCCUAGCUUCCAUUUAGUUGUGUGCAAAUGUGGUUCUUGUGGGUCAGAGAAGCAGCAACUUAGUGAGUGGGAAAGACAUACAGGCUCCAAAGUGAAGAACUGGAAGACGAGUAUUAGGGUCAAAGGUUCCAUGCUUACACUGGAGCAAUGGAUGUUGCAGAUGGCAGAAUUUCAUGCACAAGCUGCUGCUUCUGCUAAACCUCCUAAAAAACCUUCGCUAAAAGUUCGAAAGCAGAAACUGCUUUCUUUCUUGCAAGAAAAAUAUGAGCCUGUUUAUGCUAAAUGGACAACCGAAAGAUGUGCUGUCUGCAGAUGGGUUGAGGAUUGGGAUUACAACAAGAUUAUUAUUUGUAAUAGAUGUCAAAUUGCUGUCCACCAAGAAUGCUAUGGAGCUAAAAAUGUUCGAGAUCUAACCUCAUGGGUAUGCAGAGCAUGUGAAACACCGGACAUUGAACGCGAGUGUUGCCUUUGUCCAGUAAAAGGAGGUGCAUUGAAGCCUACUGAUAUUGACACAUUAUGGGUCCAUGUCACCUGCGCAUGGUUUAGGCCUGAAGUUUCUUUUUCAAGUGAUGAGAAAAUGGAACCUGCUAUGGGAAUAUUGAGCAUUCCAUCCAGCACUUUUGUAAAGGUGUGUAUAAUUUGUAAGCAGAUACAUGGUGCCUGUACUCAGUGUUGCAAGUGUUCAACUUAUUACCAUGCCAUGUGCGCAUCAAGGGCUGGCUACCGCAUGGAGCUGCACUGCUUGGAGAAGAGUGGGAAACAGAUUACGAAGAUGGUUUCAUAUUGUGCUUACCACAGGGCUCCUAAUCCAGAUACGGUUUUGAUUGUACAGACUCCGACAGGGGUUUUCUCCACCAAAAGUUUACUUCAGAGUAAAAAACGUUCUGGUUCUAGGUUAAUUUCAUCGACAAGGUCAGAACCUGAAGAGGCUCCAAUUCAUGAGAUCAGUGAAGCUGAUCCAGACUCUGCAGCACGAUGCCGGAUAUACCAACGAUCCAAAAACAAGAACUGUAAAAGAGCAGGAGAAGAAGCUGUUGCUCACCAAGUUAGAAUGCCGUGUCAUCAUUCUUUACGAGAGAUGGAACGCGUGAAUGUAUUUAAAGUGGUGGAGGAGCCUAAGUCAUUUUUAACUUUUAGAGAGCGGCUAUAUUAUUUACAGAGAACUGAGAAUGAUCGAGUAUGCUUUGGUAGAUCUGGAAUACAUGGGUGGGGUCUCUUUGCUCGCCGUGACAUUCAGGAAGGAGAGAUGGUUCUUGAAUAUCGUGGAGAGCAAGUGAGGCGCAGUGUUGCAGAUUUGCGGGAGGCUCGUUAUCGUAUAGAAGGAAAAGACUGCUAUCUGUUUAAAAUCAGUGAAGAAGUAGUAGUGGAUGCUACAGACAAGGGAAACAUAGCUCGCCUCAUCAAUCACUCAUGCAUGCCGAACUGCUAUGCAAGAAUUAUGAGUGUAGGUGACGAUGAGAGUCGAAUAGUUCUCAUUGCCAAAACAACCGUUCCUGCUGGUGACGAGCUAACGUACGACUACUUGUUUGAUCCAGACGAGCCUGAUGAGUUUAAGGUGCCUUGUUUAUGUAAAGCUCCAAACUGUAGAAAGUUCAUGAAUUAGGCUACAUCAUACACCAUUGUUUCUCCUCGCUCCUCAGCGGAGGAUUACUACUACUAACAUGCUCGUCUUCUUCACCUGAAUUUUAGGCUUAACCAAUUUGUAACCCCCCUUUUUGGCCUCUUAUAAAAUGUGUAUAAAUCUGUUUCCCCUUUUACCAUCCUCUUUGUUUGAUAAUAAAGCCCUCUCUCCCAAAAAAGAAGAAAAGAAAGAAAAUAUAUGUAGUGCAGUGUGUUUAUUAGGUGGUUAGUCUCUUAAUGUAUAUGGUUAGUACACAUUUUGUUAUCUUAAUUCGUUUUCGUAGCAUUUUAUUUUUUGCAAAUAGCUUAAAUAUAAUGUAUUUUAGCAUUUUCCUCAUUACAGUUAGAGCAAGUUUUUAGUAUACAGACGAUGAUUACAGUUCUUGUAAUGGUGAUUCCUUAUACUUUUUUUUUAUCUUGUUGGAGGAUCCUUAAGGUCACUCUUUUGAGCUCUUAUGCGGCAGAAGUCAUAUUGUAUAUAUAAACGAAGCAAAUUAUGCUUUUGAUUGACUGUUGUUAUUGGUUGA